AUGUCCUCCUUCAACCUUAACAUGCUCGAUGCAUACCGCUCUCCUGAACCUGAACCUGAGGCUCCUGUCGGUGAUGUGGCGCCCGAGGAGGGUUCAGCGUGUGGUAGUCCUGCACCCGAGCCUGAAUUGGAUAACACUCGUGUUACCCGGGCAUGGACCUUGGAACUGUUUGAGGAUAUAGAGACAUGGUUGUGCACAUGGGAUGCGCUUGAGAAAAAUAUUUGUGCAUGCUAUGACGAUGCGAACAACAUGGGUGUUGCACUCGCCGUUAGGGACGAUCAAAAGGCACAGCUUGCAGAGACAAAGAAGUGGGCCAUCAUCGCCCAGAAAACCGUGAAGAAUUGGAAGGCAGCAGCAGAGAAGCUGAUGGAGGAGUCGCAUGUCGCAUGCAAAGCUGCACAGAAGGGGAAGGGGAAGGAGAAGGAAGUGGACACGGUCCCUGACAUGGGGAGACUGGUGAGUACUUUUUCAUUUCUUUCUGUUUCUGUGUGCUGA